AUGGAAAUGUGUGUCACUCUCAACUUCAACUGCAACAACGCUUUCCUCCUCUUCAUCCCCAGAUCCAUACAUCCAUCCAAGAAUUCUUCAAUAUUAUACUCCCCUUAAGCUUCCUCAGCAUGCUUAGAUCUGUAGCCAGGCGGUUCAAGUUUGCUGCCAAUGGCUUAUCAAGUAGGUUUUACUCUGCAAUACCAGAUGGUUCUUCCACACAGAGGUUACGAGGCAAAGUAGCCUUAAUCACAGGGGGAGCAAGUGGGCUUGGCAAGGCCACUGCUUUUGAGUUUAUCAAAAAUGGAGCCCAUGUCAUCAUUGCAGACAUCGACACUCAAGUAGGCCGAGAAGCUGUCGAUGGCCUCGGCCCUUCGGUUCGAUUCGUGCAAUGUGAUGUAACCAUCGAGUCCCAAGUAGCCGAAGCUGUACGAAUCGCCAUGGAGGAUCACGGAAAGCUCGAUAUAAUGUUCAACAACGCGGGCAUAGCGGGGAAGGUAUUCCCCCCAAGCAUAGCAGAGCUCAACUUAGACGAAUUCGACAAGGUAAUGAAGGUCAACGUUCGAGGCAUGGUGGCCGGAAUAAAGCAUGCAGCUCGAGUAAUGGUACCAACGGGGUCGGGGUCCAUUCUAUGUACAUCAAGCAUAAGUGGACUCAUGGGUGGUCUCGGGCCACAUCCGUAUUCAAUAGCCAAAUUCACGAUCCCCGGGAUCGUUAAGUCGGUAGCUAGCGAACUAUGUCGUACCGGGGUGAGAAUAAACUGCAUAUCACCUGCUCCGAUCCCAACACCGAUGGUGAUCCGUCAAAUAGCCCAGAUAUACGGAGAUGUUCCGAAAGAGAAGGUGGUAGAGAUUAUAAACGGGGCAGGAGAGCUGAAAGGGGCCAACUGUGAAGAGAUAGAUGUGGCGAAGGCGGCAUUGUACUUGGCGUCGGAUGAAGCCAAGUAUGUAACGGGACAUAACCUGGUUGUUGAUGGAGGCUUCACCACUUACAAGUCUCUUAGUUUCCCUUCUAUGUCGUCUUGACCUUGCCAGCUUUUCAUCCUUUUCGUUUGGCUUUCUUUUAUUAUUACCAAAAACUAAUACAAAUCAACUUAUGUUUAUGUUAUAUAUGUGGCCUAAUUAAGGGCAUGUAAAAGUUUUAGGGGGUGUUUGUUAGUCUUCUACGGUUCUUA